UUCCUUCACUGCCUCGUUGCGCAAACUUUACGGAUAUCGUCCUCGUUCGACCGUUCAAUCGUCGGGUGAGGCAACAGCACUUGGUGGCGCGGCGGCUUCACGGUCCGCUGACCUAUACCUCGCUCGCGGCCUCGUUCCAUAGGCGCUUCAUUCACUUCAUCUCUUCCCCUACCGCCACCAGGCCUCAUGUCCCCACCCAAGUUCAUGUCCCUCGGCAACCUCAUGUCCGCGCUCAACUUCACAAUGAACACACCGCGCGAUACAGGCAGCCUGGCCGAUCGCUCGGCGCACAAGCUCCCCAGCGCCCUCACCAAGCGCCCCCUCGACACCAUGAUGGGCCGCUCUCCCGACACCCUCCCCAGCCAAUCUCGCAGCGCCCUCAUGGACCGCACCCUGCACACCCUCGCCAAGCGCUCCUCAAAUAGCGGCACCGUCAUCGCCGGCGUCGUCGUCGGGGUCGUCGCCUUCCUGCUCAUCUGCGGCGGCGUAUACGGAUGGUGGAGGAUGCGCGAGCGGCGGAGGACGGGCCCGCCGAAGGAGUUGAUGGAGGAGCGGGGCGGUGGGGUUGAAGAGGACAUGGACGACGGCGACCACUACGACGCUGACAUCCAGAACGCGGCCGACAACGGCGUGCGCGGGAGCAAGCUCUACGGGCCCAGCGGGCAUCGGAACACGAUGAUCCUGGAUGGUCCUGUGGUGUUCGACGGGCAGCGCGGCUCGGUGUUCGGCGGUCAGCGCGGCUCGGUGUUUGGUGGUCAGGGUGCGAGGGGCUCACGCGAGCACCACCGGAUGGCGUCCGGCGAUAGCCAGCGCACGAGGGUGUCCUACGACCAGCGGCCGAGAGGCUCCAACGACCGCGGCGCGAGGGGAUCUUACGACCAUCGUCCUAGGCCUUCCAAUGACCAUCGCCGCAUGGCCUCGGACGACCAGGGCGCGACAGUGUUCGGCGAGCCUGCGGUCAUGGUUCCGCCGUCGCCUGCACAUACACCGUUACGGCAGGGGUUCACGGCCGAGCGAUAGGCGGACGUGUGGAAAGCAGGCUUCUGAAGCUGACGAUGCCUACGCAUACGAAUGAGGAAUACCCAAUACUGAAAGGCUGGCUGCGCUGGUCGUGGUCGGUCUCUUGGAAGCACGCAUCUUCUUAACUAUGUACUGACUUUCCUUGCACAUAACCCGAAUGUAUCAUUAUUCUCCAGGCAUACGAUGUGGAACACCUUGAGGGCGCUGUG